CACCCCCAGAAAAGAGUGUUUUCGAGUGUUGAGUUUGUGCUGUGUCUUGUCUCUGUGUGGACACUUGAUAAGAGACAGCAAACCCAACCCGAAAUAAUUUGGUUUCUGUUCUGUAAAUUCUUUUCUACUCUUCUUUCUUUCUUUCUUUCUAGUUGUUUCUUCUGCAUCACCCACUUCAUCUUCAUCUCGUCUUCUUCUUCUUCUUCUUUCAUUUGCUGUUUCUGAAAUAAGGGAAGAAGAAGUUGACCGAUGGUAUACUGAUCUGAAACAUCUUGGACAUUCUCUUACAAUGUCAGCAAUUUAGCAGCCCCGUAUUCAAGGGAACUCGCCUCUGUCUCACUUUAUCUGCUACAACAAUCAAUUUCGACAUCUCCACAACCAUGUCAUCCAAAUCCAAGUCUACUUUAUCCGCAACUCCUCACAAAGCAUCACCGGCAACUCCAAAAGUUAGUAGACCAAGCAGGGGAGUAGCUAAAUCAGAAUCUGAUUCAGCCUCUCCUUUGCAGAAUCCACGCCUUUCAGCUGAUCGGUCCCCGCGAUCGGUUACUUCCAAACCCACCACUGAGCGUCGAUCAUCAAGAGCCGCUACCGUUACCCCACCUGAAAAGCAACCUACGCGGAUUGCAAAGGGAUCAGAAUUACAGGUGCAAUUGAAUGCUGUUCAGGAAGAUCUAAAGAAAGCAAAGGAACAGAUAGCUUUGGUUGAGAAGGAGAAGACAAAAGCCAUUGAUGAAUUAAAAGAAGCACAAAGAGUUGCCGAAGAAGCGAAUGAGAAACUCAGGGAGGCUUUGGUGGCUCAAAAGCGAGCUGAGGAGAAUUCAGAAAUUGAUAAGUUCCGGGCUGUUGAGCUGGAGCAGGCAGGAAUCGAGGUAGCCCAGAAGAAGGAAGAGGAAUGGCAGAAAGAACUUGAAGCUGUGAGGAACCAACAUGCUAUGGAUGUGGCAUCUCUUCUCUCUACCACUCAGGAGCUUCAAAGAGUAAAGCAGGAACUGACCAUGACAUGCGAUGCAAAGAACCAGGCACUUAGCCAUGCUGAUGAUGCGACAAAGAUUGCUGAGAUUCACGCUGAGAAAGUGGAGAUUCUCUCAGCUGAGUUGACCCGGUUGAAGGCCUUGCUCGAUUCAAAGCUUGAAACUGAGGCCACUGAAAACAACAAGGUGGUGUUGAAGCUUAAAUCAGAGAUAGACUCUUUGAAACAAGAGCUUGAGAAAGUGAAAGGUGUCGAGAAGAAGUUGAUAGAAAAAGAGGCUUCCAUUGAAAAACUUAAUGUUGAACUAGAAGCUGCAAAGAUGGCUGAAUCUUAUGCUCGUAGUCUAGUGGAGGAGUGGAAAAACAGGGUUGAGGAGUUGGAGACGCAGGUCGAGGAAGCAAAUAAGUUGGAAAGAUCUGCAUCAGAGUCUUUGAAUUCAGUCAUGAAACAGCUAGAGGGAAACAAUGAAUUAUUGCAUGAUGCAGAAUUUGAAAUUUCUUCUCUAAAAGAGAAGGUGGGGUUGUUGGAGAUUACAAUUGGAAGACAGAAAGGGGAUCUCAAGGAUUCAGAACGACGUCUUGAUAUGGCCAAGGAAGAAGGUUCUGAGAUGGUCAAAAAGGUUGAAUCUCUGAAGUCCGAGCUUGACACUCUGAAGGAGGAGAAAGCCCAGGCUUUGAAUAAUGAGAAGCUUGCAGCUUCUAAUGUUCAGGCCUUAUUAGAGGAGAAAGUUGAACUAAUUAAUAAAUUGGAGAAUUCCCGGAGUGAAGAAGAGAAGAGCAAGAAGGCAAUGGAAAGGUUAGCUUCAGCCUUGCAUGAGGUAUCUGCAGAAGCAAGAGAAGCGAAAGAAAAACUGUUAUCCACUCAAGGUGAGCAUGAAAACUAUGAGACCCAGAUAGAAGAUCUAAAGCUGGUCUUGAAUGCAACGAAUGAUAAGUACAAAAGCAUGAUUGAUGAUGCAAAACAUGAAAUUUUUCUUCUUACGGAUACAGUUCGACAAUCCAAGAAUGAACUUGAAAUCUCCAAGGCUGAGUGGGAGCAAAAAGAACUUCAUUUGGUGGAUUGUGUUAAGCAGUCUGAAGAAGAGAGCUCUUCUCUGGAAAAAGAAGUAAAUAGGCUGGUGAAUUUGCUCAAGCUAACCAAGGAAGAAGCUUGUGCCAGCAAGGAGGAAGAAGCUCAGUUGAAAGAAAGCCUACAGGAAGUUGAAGCCGAGGUAAUUAAUUUGCAGGAAGCUCUUGGGAAAGAAAAGGCUGGAAACAUGAAAUUGAAAGAAAGUCUGUUGGACAAAGAAAAUGAGUUGCAGAGUAUAAUUCAAGAAAAUGAGGAACUCCGAACUAGGGAAGCUACUUCUCUUCAGAAAGUUGACGAGUUAUCUAAGUUACUUGAAGAAGCUAUGGCCAAAAAGCAGAUAGAAGAAAAUGGUGAUCUAACUGACAGUGAAAAGGACUAUGAUUUGCUUCCAAAGGUGGUUGAAUUCUCUGAAGAGAAUGGACAUGCAAAAGAAGAGAAGCCUAAAACGGAGUUUCCAAGUCAUCAAUGUGAUGACCCUGGAAAAGAAAACUUACAGGAAGAAAAGAAUUUCUUGAAUGAGUCUGAAAAAAUGGUUUCUGCCAAAAUUGGGAAUGGGAAUGGAAAACUGGAGGAGGAGAAAGAAGAUGACUCGGUGCAAGUUGAGUUUAAGAUGUGGGAGAGUUGCAAAAUUGAAAAGAAAGAGUUUUCACCCGAGAGAGAAGUGGAGCAGGAAUCAUUUGAAGAGGAAGUCGACUCAAGGGUGGUGGGUGGUGAGAGCUUUGAUCAGAUAAAUGGGGUAUCGUCUACAGAAAACAAUGAUGAUGGUGGAAUCUCACCAACGAAGCAGCUACAACAGAAGAAGAAGAAGAAGCCAUUGCUUGGAAAGUUUGGAAGCCUGCUCAAGAAGAAGGGCACAAGCAAGUAGAGAAACAGACCAGUUUGGCCUAACUUGUGCCCUACUAGCAGGCAAGUAUAUUUUGGUAUUAUUUUGCACUUAAAUGUGUUUGCUUCAUUGUUUUUGCUUCCAAAGAACAGUAUAGGUUAAAGAAAAGAAGAGGCUUGUAUUAAGUUUAGUUUUUUCAUUCUAUUUUUUUUCCUCAAUGUGAUUCACCAUGUGGGACAGUACCUUGUAUGUGAUGGAGAUUCUAUUUCUUUUUUCA